UUUGUGCAAAAUGAUACCAGAUGUUGGCAUUUGGCUCCUGGGUUUAGUAAGCUGACGCUACUGGCAUUUUACCUCUGGGGCUAAUACAUGACGAGCAAUGAAAAGCAUUGAAUAGUGAAUCUUUGGCUGCAGAAAUGUGAUCCUGGGAAACCUGUGUCGCUGCGAUUACAUCCCGCACGUCACUCUCCUGACAUCAGCACACCGCUUAAAUACCCGCAGCACCGAGCAUCGUAAACACAACAGGCACACCUUCAUAUGAGCGCAUCUGGAGACAAACACGCUGCUGGAAAAGAAGAAGAAGAAUCACUUCAGUGCAAUGUACUUUGUCGGAAAUACGAUAUUUCAGGAUGUAAUUUGCAGUUAAAGAUGAUUUGUUUCGACUAGCGCCUUAUAUUUCCAGAGCAAGAUUUCUAAACAUCGCAGAAAGUUCUUGCACUUUAACCCUUGUGCAUUGUUGGUUUUAAUAAUGAUCAACGACACUCUUGCGUUUGGAGAACUGGACACGAAUGUUUCUGAGUCGCUGCCGCCUCUCUCUCUCAGCCAAAACCACAGUGCGUUCCCUGCGCUCCGGCUGGAGUCCAAGUCUCUGGUCAUUUCAGCCACGAUGUUCGCCGUGGGAGUCCUGGGGAACCUCAUCGCCAUAGUUGUGCUGUGUAUCUCCAAAAAGGAGCAGAAGGAAACAACUUUCUACACUCUGGUCUGCGGGAUGGCCAUCACGGAUCUGUUGGGAACGUGCUUCACCAGCCCGGUGGUGAUCGCCACAUAUGUGGCCAGCCGCUGGCCAGGAGGAGCGCUGCUUUGCCACUUCUUCUCCUUCUCCAUGCUCUUCUUCGGCUCAGCCGGGAUGUCCAUCCUGUGCGCCAUGGCUGUGGAACGAUACUUGGCCAUUAACCAUGCGUAUUUCUACUCCCAGCACAUAGAUCGGACAAUGGCGCGCUUUGCGCUCCUGGUGAUCUACCUGGCCAACACUGUACUGUGCAUUAUGCCCAGUUUUGGCUUCGGGCAGCACGUCAGGCACUUUCCCGGUACUUGGUGCUUUCUGGACUGGAGGGCGGUGGAUCCACUCGGAGCCUGCUACUCCUUCCUGUAUGGCGGCGUGAUGCUGGUGCUGAUCGCAGUGACAGUUUUGUGUAAUUUGGCGGUGUGCAGGUCGCUGGUGGGGAUGAACCAGAGGACAGGAAUAGUCAGGACGGAGUUGUGUGAGCAGGGAGGAUCACGUCGCCGCUUCCCCCGGCUGCCGUCGGUCGCAUCAGCGGCGGAGAUCCAAAUGUUCUGGCUUCUCAUCCUCAUGACUAUCGUUUUCCUGGUCUGCUCCAUCCCUUUAGUGGUGCGAAUCUUCGUGAACCAGCUGUACGACCCUGCUUAUAUUUCUGCUGGGGGGGAGCCUGACUACCGCAGCGACAUGUUGGCGAUCCGCUUUGCUUCAUUCAACCCCAUAUUAGACCCCUGGGUGUACAUUUUGUGCCGGAAGAACCUGCUGCUAAAGGGCUGCGAGAAGCUGAAGAGGACAGUGGCCCGGGUUAAAGACGGUCGUGGUGACAACAUUGGCUGGGUAGGAGGCCAACACUCCCCUCAGUCUUUAAACAGCAAUGACACCAGUUACGCGUCAUUACGCACAGCCAACUACAGGAACGAUGUGGAACACCGGGCGUCCAUGAAGAAUACAUCCUUUACAGACUUCGCAAUGAGGCAAGCGUGGGAGUACGACACCGCCCGUGUCAUCUUUCACCCGUUCAGCGUCGAGUCGACCGCGACCCUCGGGAGUGAAGAGGAAGCAACAGCUGACUCCAAACAGGAGGUGACGGCCAAGUCGUCUCCAGGACGCAGCACAACGCCGCUCCUCUCUGCGCACGUUAGAAGAGUGGACAUUGUCACCUGCACGUUCAGCACACCGAGUUCAUGUCAGUCAGCGAAAUGCCUUUGAUGAACAUUUGUUAUCUGCCAACCUCAGAUUAGAAAUGUUCUGGCAGCUGCACAGCAAACUGGUACUUGUGAGAACUGUGAGAAAGUGUGAGUUACUUUAUCACUUUUGAUGGUUUUGAACCACCAAAGAGCCAUAUGAGCUUAAAUGAAUGAAACAUUUGAAACAGCACUUCAGCAACUAACUGAAAUCAUCUCAACAUUAGCACUGGCUCAUAUCUCUCUGAUAUAAUUUAACCUGCUGCAGAAAUGUCUCUAAAUUUAAUCUAGACUUUAUUUUAUUAAUUCUAAACAUGCAGUUUUACAUUUCCAACAUCUUUUUCAUAUCAACCAGAAUAUGUCUCCAUUCAGGUGAGGUCUACAGUAGACAAACACAAGGCCCCAGCCUACUGGAGCUUUCAGCUGUAUGUUUAAUUGUGUGUGCAGUGAACUACAUGGAUAAUGAAGGGGCCGGGCAUCAUUUUUUUGCUCCAGUGUCCCCUAGCAAAUUUAAUUUGACCAAUAGCUACAACUGUAGAGAAAUCUGACUUGCUCUAUAAUAAGACUUCAGCUGAAAGUACACAGACAGGACAUUAGAUGAAGUCUGUGGUGACAAUUUCCAAACACGGGAAUUUAAACAAAACAUAAUCAUACCCCAUGGGUACAAAUAGGUGUGACAUUCUAAGAGUUUGAUUCACUGUAUGAAUCCAUGUGUGUCAUUCCCAAUACAUGUUUAUUUGUUAUGUGUUGUUGUUACACUUCAUUUCAUACUCUUUUUUUUUUUUAAUCGAUAUGCUGCUAAUCUACUCUUUGCCACUGAACAGUGUUGCAUGAUGCAGGGAAACCGAAGACCUUUUGAACCUUGUUAAAUCUUGUUUUAUAUUGCACAUUUGCAUAUAAUGUUUUGAUAACUGACAUUGUAAACAGCCAACGUGAACAUAUCACAUUUUUUAAAAGAAAUAAUAAAAAAUACUGUUGCUGUCA